UCCGUUGCAAACGCCCGGAUGUAAGCGGCAGGCACGAAGGUUUUGAAGGUUUAUAACGCUUAGUUGUGACGAAAUGUCUGAGUUUAACGUGAAAUUUGUGUCUCAGAAAAUAAGUAAAAUUAGAUGGAGACCUACACUGAGGCAAGCACUACAAAAAUCGAAUUAUUUUGCUACAGGCAGCUGGGAUGAUGAGGAAAACAAGCUGAGUAUUUGGCAUCUGGAACAGCUCAACAAAGAUGAAUCUAUGAUAUCAAGGGCUGCAACUCUGUUGGAAAAUGAGCCUCGACAAAUGUGUGAGGUUCACCACACUGGCGAUGUUACAGACCUCAGUUACCUAUCUUUAGAAGUUUUAGCAGCAGCAUCUUCAACAGGAGAUCUUUCAUUGUACAGACAUGAUGCUAAUAAUCAGACUCUUACCCAGUCUUAUCAGUGGGAGAAGCUGCACUGGGUAAAGAACCAGUCGUGUCCAUGCACCUGUCUAGCUACCCGCGGGGAGGAAAUGCUCGUCACCGGGGGUGAAGACGGAAGACUCAUUGUGUUGGCUGUUGGACAUACGCAGCCAAUCACAGUGUUUGACAAUGCUGACAGCUGCACUAUAAAUGGUGUAACAUUUCUUAAGCAGUCGGAAGUAGCUACAGUGAACUCUUUUGGACAGUUAAAGAUAUAUGAUCUCCGGCAGAAAGGGGAGGCAGCUAAAACAUUUUCUGCUAUGGAGGAGCACAUAGCACUGCAGUGUGUUGACCAGCACCCAAGUCAGUCAUACAUCCUGGCCACCGGAGGACGAGACGGCAUGCUCACCAUCUGGGACCUGCGGCAGGAGAAAUUCCCCAUGACACUGUUGGAGGCGCACAAUGCUACAUUGUGGGAAGUGAAGUUCCACCCUACGAACCCCGACCACCUGUUCACAUGUUCAGACAACGGAUCACUGUGGCACUGGGACGGAACAUUGAUGACAUCCAGCAAUACCGACAUUCAUACAGGCUCACAGAUCGGGUUAGGUGGUUUGUCUGGAGGCGACAACGCACAGAGGAAAGUGAGUAACCGUGCUGCCGUCGUCGAGAGUCACAACAGUCCAUGGCUGACUUUGGAAUCGUCCAGACAUAAACUGGACAUCACCUCCUUACUUCCUACAAAAUCACUACCUGUAAAUUCACUGGACAUCGAGGGAAAUGCUUUAAUCUGUGGCACAGAUAGUGAAACGAUAUACACAGUUUGUCUAGCAGGCUUGUUGCGGUAGUAGUGAAUUUACAAUCUCUGCAGAACUGUUUUGGCAUGUUGAGCUGGACAUUGCUUGGUGCUCAGUUUUAGUCAUAAUUCAGCCGUAUCGAAUGUUCCAUCUCAUUACAGUAAAUAAAACUUUCUUUUUUUCAUACUUA